AUGAAUGAAUCCACGACGACAAGCAGAAGCCCGGAUUCUUCGCGUCCGACGCCGACCAAGCGGAAUCUGGCCUGCGAGCGCUGCUGGAAACGCAAGCAAAAGGUAUUCGGUCAUCAUUUUAACCCCGCCAGCAUUAAACGGUACAUUGAAUGCCUGCAAAGUCGUAUCGCCGAGCUUGAGCGCCAUGUUCAGGCGUCAGAGAGUAGGCGUGCUCGAGCCACACGACGUCCAUCCGGAGCAGCACAUACUCUCCUACCACAUGAUGGGGGAAGCCAUCAAUCCAAUGAUGUCUCUAUGCCCUUGGUCCACACGACGGGGCCGGCCCUGGGCCCGAGUGAGGAGGACUCGUCUGUGCAAGAUACCAUGAGUGCCAUUGGGCUUCUGUCCAACAAGGCCAUGGCUGAGCCUAGAGUAUACUCUGGUGAUGUGCUUAAUAAACUUGCCAUGCCAGAAGUCAUCGCGGCGGCUUUGGCUGUGGAUGGGCACAACCCCUCCAGGGCUUCAUCCUCUCAACCGGCUUUUGUCAUGGAAGAUCAUCUCAUCUCUCUGAACCGACAUUCUACCCGAGCAUAUAUCGGCCAAUUCCUAAAAUGGAGUGCCUUCCUGCCACAUCUCGAUGAGGAUCGUCUAAUGGAGCAAUAUGAGGCGGUGAUAGCCCUCGAAGGCCAGGUUGCACGUGCUGGUGGACUACCUCACUUCAACACGUAUCUUGCGAUAUCCAUCGGCAUCAUGAUGUCUGCUGAGGCAACAAGACUUUCGACCCUAGCACUGAGUCUACAUGCUGCCGCUGUCAAGUUGUUGCCGCGCAUCUUUCAAUCACAGGAACCACUCGACGCAUUGCAUUGCAUGCUUCUGCUCGUCGUCUUCUCAAUGUUCUGCCCAGCCGGUGGAUCUACCUGGCAUCUCAUGGGGAUCCCAACAGAACAAGAUGUUAAUGAAGCAGCCCUUUCAGAAUCUGUCAAAGCAAAGCUCAACUUUAGUAGGCACUUGAUGGUCCAUGCUCAGCUCAUCUCGAAUCUACGAAAUACCGACAAAACCGAGUUAUUGUUCUCUUACAGCAACCUUUGUUUCUGGAGAGAAUUUCCGCCCAACACGGAAAAUGCAGCCUCUGAGAUUGAGCUGCCCUUUGACUACUUAGAUCAACUCGCCUGCCGAGCGUUGAUAAUGAUGGUGAACCCCGUGCGCCCCGACGAAAACAACUCUCAACUUUACCUCGGAACUUGGGCCGACAUCGAAGCCGAUAUUAUAAGUUCGUGUAAGCGGUUGAUUGAGAAACUAUACGACCGGUCGGGACGGGCCUUGGAAAGAGGCUCGUUUCUCGAUGCUUACGACGUGUUGUCAGCGGCAGUGGUCUACGUGUGCCUUGCCCAACGGGCUUCAGGUAUGAAUCAGCAGGGCCUGACGCAGAUAUUCGAGGUGGUUAGCAAAGCAUCAAUUGUGCUCACGCAGUAUUCGUCACGGUUCUCUGCUCUAGGAACGUUUCAGCAGUUUCUAUUAACGCUUUCAACCAAGAUGAUGGCAGGCCUGGAUCAGUCUCAUCAAGACUAUCAGGACACAAUACCGACAAGUCUCCCUGGGCAUCUGCGCCGGUUCAUCCAACGCCACUACUCGAGGGAGGCUCGUGCUUCCUGA